AUGAAGCUUCCACCUAGGCAAGGCACAGGACUGUUGUACUUUCUCCUGACUUUGGCUUCUCUCUGCCUUUCCAUCCCACUGUGGAAGGACCGGGACUCCCUAAUGCAGGAGGAGAAAGCCCACCAGACAGGUGGCAAUUUGGUGCUGAGUAGACAGGAACAGCAGCUCAGCACAAAGCUUGUAAACCUCAAGGAGGAGGAGGUUGCAGCAGCCGUGGCUACGGGGCAGUUCCCUCCAAGCAUGCACUUCUUUCGGGCCAAAGGCCUCAUUGACGGGAGCACCGUGUUCCGCAUCUUGCGGCGCAUGCCCAAAGGUGCUGUCUUACACCUGCACGACUACGCCAUCCUGAGCGUGGACUGGCUGGUGUACAAUGCCACCUACCUCCCCAACUGCUACAUCUGCUUCACCAACACAGGCACCGUUCGAUUUCGCUUUUCCAAGCCUUACCCUCCUCAUCCAGUACCAGCCCAGUGUUCCCAGUGGGUUUUGCUGGAGACCUACCGUAAACAGCUGCGCAACGUGACCGAGUUUGAUAGCAGCUUGCUGAGAAACUUGACCCUGGUGACAGAGAACCCUGAGCUGGCCUACCCUUCUCAGGCUUUCAUCUGGAAAAGAUUUGAAGAAGUCUUUCUCAUUGUCUCUGGACUUAUCUGCUAUGCACCUGUGUUCAAGGCCUAUUUCUACCAGGGGCUGCUGGAGCUCUAUGAAGAUAAUGUACAGUAUGUUGAGAUAAGAGCCAUCCUGCCUACGGUGUAUGAACUGGAUGGCACCCAGCACAAUAAAUCAUGGUCUGUGGCAACAUAUCGAGAAGUGACCAGGCAGUUUGUAAAAGAGCAUCCUGACUUUCUUGGAGCCAAGAUUAUAUUUACAGCUCACAGGAUGCUGAAUGUUUCCCAGAUUAAAGAAGCCAUCGUCACUGCCAUGGCACUCAGAGCCCACUUCCCAGACACCGUGGCAGGCUUCGACUUGGUUGGUAACGAGGAUGAAGGUCAUUCUUUGUGGGACCUGAAGGAUGCCUUGACCAUCCCAUAUUCCCUUGGGGUCAACUUGCCAUACUUUUUCCAUGCCGGGGAGACUGACUGGCAGGGCACCUCUGUAGACAAUAAUGUGCUGGAUGCUUUGCUACUGAAUACCAGCCGGAUUGGCCAUGGACUUGCUCUCGUUAAACACCCAGUAGCCAAAAAAUUGUCUCUGAAGAGGGAUACUCCUGUGGAAGUCUGUCCCAUCUCCAACCAGGUUCUGCUACUGGUAGCUGACUUGAGAAGCCACCCCGCAGCUGCCCUCAUGGCUGAAGGGUACCCUAUUGUGAUCAGUCCUGAUGAUCCCCCUAUCUUUGGGGCAAAGGGAGUCUCCUAUGACUUCUAUCAGGUAUUCAUGGCCAUCGCAGGGAUGAAUGCUGACCUGAGGACCUUAAAACAACUUGCACUCAACUCCAUAAAAUACAGUGCCAUGCUACCGGAUGAGAAAGCCAAAGCCAGAGAGGUCUGGCAGAAAAAAUGGGACCAAUUUGUGGCUGACCUCUCUGAUAGCUUUUCAAGGGAGCUUUAGAGGGGAAGAGACUCAUCUCAGAAGGCAUUUGGCAAGCCAGAGCAAGCUGGGCUUAUUGCUAAGAGACUACUUCUUCUGUGUGACCUGAGCAAUUAAGUAAUCC